CCACAUGGCCUCAUUGCCAAUUAUUAUAAUAUAUUCUUAAAUGCUCUCGCUUUCACUUCCCUAAUUACCCUCUGCAAAGUCUCAGUAUAUAUGUAUGAAUGGAUCUGAAUCCUUCUACGGAUACGGAAGCUCUUCAGUCCCACUCCCGCGUCUCUACUGUGAUCCAUCUGCUAUUACUGAUUACUCAAUGAUGAUGUUCGUAUGAUGAUAUGAAAUACUAGUAGAAAAAAGACUUGCAUUCAAUCAAAUUACCAUAUAUUCUGUGAUUUAUAUUUGUGGGAGUUGAGAUGGAGAAAUAUGAGGUGGUCAAAGAUUUGGGAGCCGGGAAUUUUGGGGUGGCCAGACUCUUGAGACACAAGGAGACCAAGGAGCUUGUUGCUAUGAAAUAUAUUGAGAGAGGCCACAAGAUAGAUGAGAAUGUGGCAAGAGAGAUUAUCAAUCACAGAUCUCUGAGACACCCCAAUAUUAUCCGGUUCAAGGAGGUAGUUCUGACUCCUACACAUUUAGUAAUUGUCAUGGAGUAUGCUGCCGGUGGUGAGCUCUUUGAACGGAUUUGCAGUGCCGGUAGAUUCAGUGAAGAUGAGGCUAGAUAUUUUUUCCAGCAGUUGAUCUCAGGUGUCAAUUACUGUCAUUCCAUGCAAAUAUGCCAUAGAGAUCUGAAAUUAGAAAAUACACUUUUAGAUGGAAGUCCUGCACCACGCUUGAAAAUUUGUGAUUUUGGUUACUCUAAGUCAUCUCUGUUGCAUUCGAGACCCAAAUCAACAGUUGGAACUCCAGCAUAUAUAGCACCAGAAGUUCUAUCUCGACGAGAAUACGACGGAAAGUUGGCAGAUGUAUGGUCCUGCGGAGUUACCCUCUACGUUAUGUUGGUGGGAGCAUAUCCUUUUGAAGACCAAGAAGACCCAAGGAAUUUUCGGAAAACAAUUCAGCGAAUAAUGGCUGUUCAGUACAAAAUUCCGGAUUAUGUUCAUGUAUCUCAAGAUUGCAGGAACCUACUCUCUCGCAUAUUUGUUGCAAAUCCAUCCAGGAGAAUCACAAUUAAGGAAAUAAAAAAUCAUCCUUGGUUUUUGAAGAACUUGCCAAGAGAACUAACCGACACAGCUCAAGCUUCUUAUUAUCGGAGAGAUAACCCUGCAUUUUCUCUUCAAAGUGUGGAGGAGAUAAUGAAAAUAGUUGAAGAGGCAAGAAGUCCACCUCCAUCAUCUGUGCCAGUCAAGGGCUUUGGCUGGGGGCAAGAUGAUGAUGAAGAGGAAGAUGUCGAUGCAGAAGUGGAAGAAGAUGAUGAAGAUGAAUAUGAUAAGCAGGUCAAGGAAGUCCAUGCAAGUGGAGAAUAUCAAAUCCAUUAAGCAAUGUAAUCUUUAACCAACAGUUAUGUAAUAAAAAUCUUGGCUUUAAGAUAGUUUUGUAUGAUAGCAGAUAACUGUUGGCUCAGUACUAAAAAUAUCAUUGUUCGAAUAAGAUCUCAAACUUUAUCAGUAAGUUAUAUAAUGUAAUUUUACCUGGAUUUUGCAAUGGAUUGCGGGUGAAUGAGGAAUGAAAUCGUCUUGUUAUUUGAAAA